ACGGACGGACGGAGGCGUUCCCUUUAUCCCUCUGAACUUAGUUCGAUGGGAUAAUUAAUCAAUCAGCAUCACUGGAUCAAUUGCCAAUUAUUAGUAAGAACUGAGGACAGUACUGAAGAGCAGCACGAUUUGUUGAACAUGGAUUGAUACGGACAUUGUUAAAAUUAGACUAGCAUCGUGGUUGGAGAGCCUUGAGAGGGCUGGAGAGCCUUGAUAGGGCCUUGCAAAUUGUGGAUACUGGUUAAAACCAAAAAGAACACACUGAGUUUACAAGAAGUAAGAUCCUAAGACUCACCCAUACAAGAGGAGGGAUACUUACUGUUUGGAAGGAGGAAUUGGGUGGGAAGCUUAUCUCCCUUGAUGAAACACGACCAAAUGGACAACUUCCAAUAGAAUAACAUGAUAGAACACUGAGGCAGUGCAUAUUGGGUGAUAUAAACCAGAAAAUUGAACCACUACAUUCAACAAUACGGACAAUAUCCAGAUUCAACAAUGCAAUAAUGGUAUCUCGACAAUCACAUGUAUCAUCUCAUUUCAGAGACUGAUCAUAACUUUUAAAUGAAUCAAUUUGGAAAGUGUAUCUCUGUGUGAAAUGUAUAUGGAACUAAAAGUUGAUCAAAAGAUGGCAAUAGAGUAUAUAUACUAAACUAAACUAAAAACUAAAAGUGCAAUUUGGAAAGGAACAGGUUAACAAAGAGUUCAAGUAAAGCAUACACAAUGAAAACAUUAAGUGAAGAAGUAAAAUAAGAAAUAAGAACAUAACAUUGUACAAAUGAACAAGGAACCAAAUAAGAGACUGAAAUAAUCGACAACUGUCGGACCCAGCGAGAGCAUCAAGGGGGCCCCUCGUCAUAACGUCCAACACCCAAGAUAGGCAUCGACAAAGGUAGUAUUUACAAGUAACAAGAUAAUAACAACAUUACACGUGACAAUAAAAAUAACAAAGGGAAACAUUCGAAAUAGACUUGAAUAUGAUCAAGAACAACAUGGCUAGCAAUCUACAAAUGACCACAACAAACAUGAAGACAACAGUAAAUUACACUACACCUGCCAGUAUCUAUGAGAAUACAGAAACUCCUAAUUUGAAUACGAGCAUGAAAAAUGCCAAUUUUACUGCAAUAACAAAUUCAAACGAGGUGACACAUAGCCACACUAUGAGUUCAACAGACACAAAUAUAAGCACAAAGAACUCAAAUGUAACAUGGGAAAUGCCUGACUUCUGUAGAUUCCCAUACCAUUCUUCAGAUGGAGAACUAAUUGAAGUGAACAGGUUCAUAAUGUACACCAUGUAUGAUGUAGUAACAGCCAUAGCUGUCACUGGACUAAUUGGUAACACACUGUCAUUCAUUGUUCUGUAUAAGGAUAAAGCUAAAGGAACAAGUAUGUUUUACUUCAAAGCUUUGGCCAUUGUCGACUGGCUUGCAUGUGCCUCUUACAUUGCCUUUGAAAUACAUAUUGUAUUAUACCCACAUAGCCAUGUACUGGACACAUCACUAGAUGCCACUCAUGACAUGAUGAUCAUUGCUCCCUAUACUCAAUACACCAUUUUGUAUUUUACUUCAUUGAGCAGUUGGAUAUUGGUAGCAAUCUCGGUUGAUCGCUACAUUGCUAUCUGUCAUCCUUUACAUGCUCCCAGAUUCAGUACACUAAAAAGAGUUAAAGGUACCCUGGUUACCAUAAUUUUUGCUGUACUUUGUAUUCAUAUUCCACGGUUUUUAGAGUACCAGAUCACCAGAAAUUCCCCUUUCCCACAUCCAUGUACAUUGGAAGAUUUCUAUGAAAUGGAGGCCACGCCCCUAUAUAAAACGAAAGGUUAUAUGAUAGGGUUCAGAGUUAUGACUUAUAGUGUUCUAGCAACAGUUACUCCAAUCGUACUUGUGCUCGUCCUGAACCUUAUCCUGGUUGUGACAAUAAGCAAAGCUGCAAAGAGAAGAGCUACGAUAUCCAAUCGAGAUCAGCCAUCCAACAGGGCAGAAAGAAACUUAAGCGUAACUCUAAUAAGUUUAGCAAUUGUUUUUCUUAUCUGUAUGCUACCCUCCUUUAUAUACUCUUUCACUAAGAUGAUCAGCCUUAUCGACAAAAAAAUCAUUCCUAGUGAUGAUAAAACAAGACUUCUGGAAUUCAAAAAUCUAAUGAGAGUUCUGAAUUCAGCAAUUAAUUUCUUCACAUAUUGUGUGGCAAGAGCGGGGUUUAGACGGAAUCUCAUCCGCAUUUUGUGUAGGAAAAAGAAAAAGGAGUUAUCCAGGAGUGAUCUAUAUUCUAUAAGAAUGACUGAAAUUGAAACAACUGUUUGAAUUAAAAACAUCUUCAUUAGCUUGUUGACUCGAUUAAUAAAAUAUUUGUCACAACCAAGUUUACUAUAAAUAUCUGUAUUUCAUUCAAUUUAGUGAUAUCAUUACUACACGCUUUUUUAUCAAAAAUGGACAUACAGAAAUACAAAUAUACAGUAACUUAACAUACCAUAAAAGCAUGCAAAAAAG